CCGUGCCCAGCACGCAGAUAGAUAUUGUGGCCGCCACUCUCGCCUUGCAGCCGUUAUUCGCAGAUUCCCAUGUUUGCCUCCUCGGGAAGAUAACACUCUAGCUCUGCCUCUUCCGGCACUAAACAACUGCUUCUGUUGUCGGUCGCUUCAGGUCCUUUCGUGGAUGGCGAGUCGCUCCUCUCCGUAUACCAGACUUCGCGAAAGUCGGCCAAGUCUUAAGCGUGUCAUACAGCACGAAGCAGUUCCGGUACACGCUGCAAUUCAGUAGUGGUGUGCCUCAAGUGGGCUACCGCUGCGUCAUAGCAGCACGACGCCCCCUUUUGUUUAUAUUUUGUCCUGAUCAAAGUCCUUCCGCGGUCAGCUAACGGCAACAUGCAUCGUUACCGCGCUCGCAAGAAAAGCCUGGUGACUGUGACAGUGAGGCCGGGCAGCGAAACGGGUAUAUAUUACAUCUUGGUUGCCAACCUCGCCCAUAGCACAACAUGGAAAGACCUUAAAGCUUUCACUGCGCAAGCCUGCGAGGUUGACCAUGCGGAGGUCUACCCGCCCACCUCCGGCUUCGUUCGGGUAAAAGGGCGGUCCAAUUUCGAGAGGGCCUUCAAGCACCUCGAUGGCAACACGUUGGAUUACCGUGCUCUCCAGGCCGAUGCCAGGAACUCGACCCAGAGCACCGUGGUCAAGCUUUCCCCGACAGACUACCAUGCACUCAGGAUCCUUCGAGGCGAUAGCAGCAAGAUCUUUGUCAAACCUGGGACUCCAACCGCCGACUGCAACGUGCCAAACCAACCGUUUCCUCAGGGGCCAGCGGCAACAAUGAGAAGCCCCUCCUUGGCCCAUCAGGCAAUCGGUAGCCCUGGAUUCAACAUGGCUCCGCUAACCAGCAUGCCGUUGGGCUAUCCUGCGGUGCCUCCCUCCUAUGUGCCUCCCGAAGGGCUGCACGCCGGAGCAGCUACCGCGCUUUCAAUGCCUCCGGGCCCUAUGACAUACCAGGUGGUGGCUCCAGUUCCGGGUCCGGCGCCGGCCCACGGCUUCUCCCAGCAGGUAGUGGCCGGUCAUCCCUUCCUGAUCCCACAGCCGAUGGGAUAUCUGACAGGGUCUGCCGCCCCGCAACCUCUGACCGUCCAGUAUCCGUACUUGCCCUCACCGAAAUACUACCCGGAAGAAGGGCACGACAUUAGAGGACACGGCUACGCAGGCUAUGUCCAACCAGCGGAUUACACUUACUCCGCCGGAUAUGGCGAAACCCUGCCCACCGGCUCAGUCCUAGAAAUGUCUGGGUACGCAACCGACAGGCCGCCGUCCAACGUCGCCGUCGUCGUCGUCGAGCAGCGGAAAAUCGUGAUCCUCAAUCUCGAACGCGAAACCCUGUCCGAGGCGGUGGUUGUGCACCUCAUCGCGAGACACACGGCAGGUCUCGGCACCGUGCCCGGAGAAAUCGAGGGGGUCGAGGUGCCCGUCAACAAGGAUGGCCGCGCUCGGGGCAUCGCAUUUGUCACGUUCAUUUCGGCCGAGCUCGCCAGCGUAGCCAUCGCGGCUCUGGAUGGCCGAGAGGUGCCCGGCGGCCGGGGGAAGAAGCUGGAGGCGCGUCUGGCUGAGGGGGUACCGCCAAGAGGAGGAGGGGGGGGGCCCUCCAUAUCGUCAGGAGGAGGAGAAGGGCAAGGGCAAGGACAAGGGGGAGACAAUACCAGUCAGCGACGUGGCGGCAAGGCGGUCGGAGGCAGCAAUGGCACCACCGGCGAGAAUAAAAAGGAUUCCUCUGGCAAGCCGUCGUCGCGCUCGUCGCAUCCGCAGUCCUCCAAGGCCCAAACGCGUGGGGCCGUGUCGUCGUCCAACAUGACGGGUGCAGUCCCACCGCGUGGGCCGGCGGCUUGGUUGGCAGGUGGAGGUGCGAAUAAUGGGACUGUCAAGAAAUGCAAGGAGGAGCGGCCGGUGAUUGUGAACGGGAGCGGGGGCCGGUGGAUGGAGAGACUGGCGGCGCCGGUGGUGGUGAACGGAAGUGCUGGCAGAAGGGGAUACGGAGGCUAUCGAAGCUGUCGGCCUUGAGGCAAGUCCGGUGUUCUUCGUAUCUUAUCCUAGGCUUUGCGGCGCGGCAAAAUGUGGGAUGGCGUUGGGAGAUGGAGUCAUGGUGGGGGGGG